UAGUUUUGCUUUUAAAGAUCUUUUAAACCAGAAUUUUCUUUAGAUUGAAGUUGUAUGUAAAUUUCAUCAUAACAUCAUGCUGAUUUAAUGUAAGCCUUGCACGUUAAAAUAACUUUUAGGCGUUUUAAGUUUUUCUCUCUUAGCAACAUAUUGUUGUUUGUAUAUUUUCUUCGUUGAGAUAUGUAAUUGUGUGUGAGAAAUUAAACACUUUUUUCAAUUUAUUUUGCAAUUGUGCUAAAGCUAACGUAAGUUUUCCUUAUGUCGAACAAAUAGGGGAUACUUCAAUACAUGAUAUGAGAAAUAACAUAAAAGCUUCAGAACAUUUAAGUUAAUCAAGACAAAAAUAACGUAAUUUAUGCGUAAAACAUAAAAAAACUAUUAACAUAAUUUUUUAACGUAAAACAUAAAAAUUUAUUAAGAUCCAUAAAAAUUGCCAGCAAAUUAGUGUGUUAGAAAAAUAGAAACUGAGAGAAGAUGUCGAAAACUCAAGAUAAAAACAGACAGAUAAGUGUUAAACUGCCGCUUAAUAAGCGAAGGGAACGUGUCAACUACGAAGUUCUCCGAGAAACUGGUUGCUUUUCUAUCGAUCGGGAAAGGAAAAUUUCUUAUGAUCGUUCUCAAAUGAAAUAUUACGUGCCAAGAGAAAAUCCCGUGUGGUUGGAUUUAAAUGUUGGUUUUGAGAGCACAAAUUUCAGAUCAAACAUAGUGGGUGAAUCGGAAAAAAUGGAUCACAUACUGAAAUGGAUUGUGCAAGAGAAGUUUCAAAUUUUCAAGACAGACAAGCCUGUUGAUUUCAUAUCUCAUCGUGGCACCUUGCGGAAGGCCAGCUUUUACCAUAUAACCCUGAACAGAUUAUCUGUGCUACGAAAUUCAAAGGAAAAAUUUACAUGGUUGCCUUUAAUUCUGAUUCAAGAAUCGCUAGUAAACCGGGAAAUGACAGAGAAGGAAAGAAGAAACACAUCCCUGGGGAUACAAAUUUGAAGAAUAUAUGACAGCAGAUGUGCCAUGGGGUGAAGCAAACGUGCUAUCUACAACUCACGAAAUCGAGGAAUUUUGUACCGUUGUCCAAUCUGAGUUGGCCGAUCACUCCAUUUUAUUGAAAGUGGAGAUCGACGGAAUGCACAGCGACCACGCCAAAAACCGUUCUGCAGAUCCCUCACGGUAUGUGGAAAUGAAAACUAUGUGGAAAUACCCAAGAAAUCGGCGGAUAAACAAUUUUAGAAGGAGGAAAUAUAUGGAGCAUUGGGCUCAUGCAUUCAUUGCUGGAGUCGAAGAUAACGUGUAUGGUUUGAAAGAUGACAACGGCAUUGUCACAGAAGUUGAAGUAUUGAAAACGCAUCAACUGCCGCGUUUGAGUGAGAAUUUUUGGUAUCCAGAAGAUCUGAUACAUUCUCUUGACAGCUUCCUUACUUUGCUGAAAAACGCUGUUACGCAGGAUAACCCGAAUGUUGUGUACAAGUUUGAUUGUACACCGGAAGAAAUCAAAUGCACCGAGAUGUGUAAUCCUGAGGAAAAAUACAAAUUAAUACCUGAAUGGUAUGUGAGAGAAUACAAUGAAAACUUUUGAUAAAGUCAGUUGCAGCUAUAUCUGUGUUCAAAACGAUGGAGAUAAUUGCAAGCACGUUUGCUCUAAACUAAUGAAGUUAACUGCCUGAACAUUUAUUCUUAAACGGAUCAAGAUAAUCGCGGGAACGUUUAUGCUGAAACUUGGUGAAGCGUAUAUUGCAGGCAAUGUUUCUUUUUAUAUUGAUAAAGCAAAUUACAAGAACGUUUAUACUUUUAGCCCUGUAAAACUUUAUUAACUUUUUGUCGCGUUUGAAGAAGUGAACAAAUAAAUGCUUCGAAAUAUUGGAGGAAAAAAAAAAGAAUAAAUAAAUGAAAAUAAGUGCUAACUAGAAGAAGUGAGGCAUAAGAAGUGUUUUUUAUUAAAACUAUCAAACUUAUACUUUGUUUUUAAUCAACGAAUGUAAAAAGUGCUUUUUUAUGACAAUAAAAAAUCAU